UACAAUUACCACUUUCCUUUGUCCGUCAUUUACUUUCGUUUUGUUACGGGGUUUUCCGUUUUACUUUUCAAAAUUUAGCAGCCGGGGCGGAGCAGCGUGAGGUUUCCUGAAAAUGACCCAUGUAAGGGAACCGUUACCUGGCUACCCGUUCAAUGUAUACGAGGUUGAAAAAUGUCCAAUUUCAAUCGAAAUGUGGGAUAGAACAGCUCAGAGUCUGAACUGCAGCUUCGACAGUUCAAACAAAUAUAGGUAUCACUGUUUGCCAAACAGUAACCUUACAAAGCUGGUUGAGUUCUGUUGGACGUCCGCACGAUAUGGCACAGGAGAAGUGGACGGUGCGUUUGAUUGCUACAAACUGACAGGGGAGGGAACAGGGAAAGCGAAUUUGAUUCGGACUACUUGCAGUAACGUUUCCAACAGCUGUCCAGACAAAUUUUACUACAGCGAUAAGAUUUAUCAGUAUCCAGACUGCUUUCACUUAAAUAAAACGUCUGAAAUUAGUCGACCAACACCACAGUCUGCCAAUGAAACGACAAACAUUGUUAUAGGCUGUGUAUCAGGGGCUGUAUUUCUCAUAGUGUUCGCAUUGGCUGUGCUGUUUUAUUGUAAGCGAUAUCGGAAACGACGAAAUCGCAAGACAUAUCAAGUGAAUGAAGAAAAGGCAUCAAUGGAGGCAUUAAUUGAAACCCAGAAGAGCCAGACUUCGGUGACUACGCAGUGGAUAGCUCCACUAGGGGCGACAUCUGCAAAAAUUAUCCAUCCUGGCCAAAAUUGCAUCAAAGUAAAUUCCAAAGAUACGAUUGUUCUGCUGGCAGAAAUUAGAUCUAUUGUUGAAGUUCAGAGCGUUGCCUGGCAAAAAAGAAUUGACAACGGAGAGUGGGAGAGUCUUGAUAUUACCCAGAAAAAGUACAGAGGCAGUCGAAUAAAUCUGUAUGUGCCCUGUUUGAUCAUCAAUGAUUGCGGAAGUGAUGAGGAUGGGUUUUAUCGUCUUUUGGUAGAAAAUGCCGAAGGACCAGUCCCUAGCACAGAGCGACGAAUUCGCGUCUACAAAGGUGAAAAUUCUGGAAUUCUGAAGGGGAAGAUCGAUGUUCUUAAAGACAUUGCCCAGUGUCUGAUUUUGCUUACCACCCGUAACUUUGUGUGUUGCAACACGCCAGGAAAAUUUGUAGACUUUCUAAAAAGUGUAAUGACAUCUUUGAAAGAAAAUCUAAAUGAGGAGGAAAAUAAGGAAUUGGAUAAAGUUAUGGAACAGACCUUUGUUAUUAAAGACCUCUCGUUUGGAUUUCUUUGUAAAAUCGUUCAUUCUCUGAACAUUCCACCACCUGCACUUGGCUGGGACAAUGAACCAAACAAAGGCUCGAAAACGGAAGUAGAUGAUCUUGAGCGAUGUCAUCAAUAUUGGAAUCGCAUUAGGGGUUCUAAUAUACCUCCUUCAAAUUUAUGCUCUAUGUGGAACUCUUUGUCACAGGCCUUGCAUCGCCUGAAUAGAAAGCAUGAGGAAAUAAAACCUUUGAUAUGGGCGUUCAGACAAAUGGUGUUUUGGACAAUGCCAGGUUAUUCAAACACAGGAUCGAUGCCAGAAAAUAUUUCAGAUCAAAAUCGAGCACGAAUAGAAGUUUGGAUAGAUGAUGAUUUGCUAUAUGAAGAAACAAGAGCAUCAACGAAUACGAGAAACUUUAUCAGAAGUACACCUAUCACAGUUUUGAUAGGUGGUCCGGGUUCUGGUAAGUCUUUCCUAGCCAGACAUAUUGCUCUGGAAUAUCAAUUAAACGGCUGGGAUGUUAUUGCAAUAUCUUCACCAGAAGAAAUUCGAAAGUAUGGAGAUAUGGAAAGAAAGCAGAUAUUUGUACAAGAUGACGCAUUUGGUGUGUACGGAAUUAACCAGGCAGCAGUUAAUACAUUCGAGCAGUUCUAUGAAGCUGUACAGAUUGUAUUAGAAGAGGGCUCAAAGUACAUCAUCACAUGUAGGAAAACAAUAUUCCUAGCAUCACAAAUCAGUUCGUAUUUCGGUACAUACGUGGACUUAGAGUCUGAUGAAAAUAGUCUUAGCAAAGAAGAAAAAAGCCGUCUUCUUCGAUGUCACUGCGAAGACAAAAUGGUGGAUAAAGCCUUAUAUCAGAAAGCUGAUCCUCCGUCAAAUUCCUUCAUGUUCCCAUUGCUGUGUCACUUGUUUGCGUUAAACCCACACGACGCUGCGUCUUACUUUGAAAACCCAUGUAAUCAGUUACUUGAGGAGUUCAAGAAGAUGUACGACCGAGAUUGCAAAAGAUUAGAUUACACUGCACUGGUUUUAUGCGCUGUCAAUAAUGGACGGAUUUCCAUUGAGACUUUUCCAACUGAUGCAAUUCGAAAAGACAUUCUUGAAAGCUGUGGAUGCAAUCUUGGCACAUCCAAAAGAGAAAUACUUGAUUCGCUGAAUCGAAUGGUGGGGACCUACACAUCUAAAGUUGGAGACGAAAUUUCAUUCAUUCAUGAUGCCAUUGGAGAGGUAACAGUUUGCCAUUUUGGAAAGGAAAACUUAAAACAAGUUUUAGAUCUCUUUUCCAUUACUUACAUUGUCAAUAAUGUUAAGUUUUGUGGGGAACCUGGCAAAGAUUUAAAAAUCAUCCUUGGUGACGACCAUUAUGAUAAGCUAGCCGAUCGCUUGAAUCACGAUAUCGCAUGCGGGAAACUUUAUGAAGUUUUCAUGAGUGAAAUGUUUACACACGAAAAGUUUCGUGCCAAAUUUGUGGACAAAAUAAAGGAAAUCGAUACGUCGAGGUUUCGAACAACGUUCAUCGAGAAAAAACCAGAAAAUGAAUAUUUCAAAGAAAAAAUAGAUCAUGAAAUCUCACGUAAAGGAGAAGUCCACAAGAUGUCGGAGAGGGAUAAACACUUGCUUAUUCAGGACAUUAUUUGCAAAAAUCAGAGUGAAUCAAGAUCUAUAAAACCAAUAAGUUGGCUUGUGUAUUAUGCCCAUCCAGAUAUCUUGAAAGCGGUUAUUGAUCGUGAAAAAAGCAUAGGGGGAUCUUUGGAUUUGCUUCUGGGAAGUUCUGUAGAGGAACAUUGCCGCCUUCUCGUUCUUGCUUGCUACAGAGGAAGUAAUGCAAUUCUUGAUCUUCUGCUGCUACAUUGUCUAGACGGCUGUUUGGACAUCAUCCCGUUGCAAAGCGACGUUCGUGAAUCAAAGGAUUUCCAUCGUUUUCAUACACCAUUAACCGCGGCGAUCAGUUCCGGAAAAGAUGACUUGCUUCCUAUCUUGCUGAACCGUGGGACAAAAGGAACAACAGUAAACGCAAAAGAUGGCUGGGAUAACACUCCCCUAAUAACAGCAACCAAAGCAAACAGAUUAGGAACGAUCAAGCGUUUGAUAGAACAAUUUGAUGCCGAUAUUAAUUUCGAAAAUACAGAUAAAGUCACUGCGCUGUUUAUUGCAUCGGAAGAGGGCCAUAAAGAAAUUGUCGAAUACCUUUGUUCUAAAGGCGCAGAACUGAAAAUGGGGGGAAAAUGUCCUCUUCGAAUUGCUAAUUUCAAAAAGCAUUACUCCGUUUCGAAAAUACUUGAAGAACAUCGAAAACAAAGUAGUGUGAAUUGAUGGGAUUAUUUCAUGCAUGUAACAAUGGUGUUUAUAAACUUUAAAGUCUUUGUAGCAUUAUUAAUGUUGAUUUAUACCUAUAAAGAAAUACUAAAAACCACAAAAUUCAAAAUGAAUACAUCAUUCCAGUAAAUACAUUCCUUUCUGAUAUUCUAGAGUAAUGUGCAUAAUCUUGUAUCAAAUACUUUUUGACAUUAUAUAUACUAGUACUGCAUUUGAAUCAUAAUCCUCUACAGUCACUGUCUUUUGUUGUGUGUAUAGCGAUAAGCAAUUUA